CAAACAUGACCCUUUUGCAUUUAUUUGGACUCGUCCCUUUCCUGUUUCCGCAUCCUGCCCUUUCUUUUCACUCAUCCCUCAUCCCAGUGGGUUUUAAGGCUGCGUUGCACGCAUAUCUGUCUCUCUCUUGUCAGUUAAUACCCUUUUUAUCUUUCUCCCAUAAUGUCUGCGCCUGAGACCACCCCCGUUCCCGCUGCUCCUGUCGAGGAGGCAAAGCCUGCUGAGACCCCCGCCCCUGCUGUUGAUGCUGCGCCCGCCGCUGAGGCGCCCAAGGCCGAAGAAUCUACUCCUGAAGCACCCAAGGAGGAAGUGAAGGCUGAAGAGGCUCCCAAGGCCGACGCUCCUGCAGCCGCUGAAGAAACCCCCGCACCUGCUGCUGAGGCUGAGGCAAAGGACGACGCCAAGCCUGCUGCAGAGGCCGAGGCCCCUAAGAAGGAGGAGCGACCCAAGAGCCCUGGUCUCCUCGCCAAACUCCUUGCGCCUUUCAAGGAUCAGAAGGCUAAGAGCCCGAAGAAGGAGAAAAAGAAGGAAGGGUCCGAGACGGCUCCCGCUGCUGCUGAGGAGUCUGCUAAGGAGGAGUCUGCCACCGAAGCCCCCGCAGAGGCCGCUGAGCCCGCGAAGGCUGAGGAGGCCCCUGCUGCUGAGCCCGUGAAGGAGACCGAGACUGCUGCGGAGGCUGCUCCUGCUGAGGCUGCCGCCGAAGCUGCCCCCGAGGAGGCUAAAGAAGAGAAGAAGGAGGAGAAGAAAGAGGAGAAGGCCAAGGCUAGCAAAGUUGGCCGCCGUCUAUCCGCGCGUGUCGGCGAUUUCUUCAAGCCUAAAGCCAAGGCAGAGGUCGCCCAUCCUCCCAAGGUUGAUGAAAACCCACCGAAGAUUGAAGAACCUACCCCGGUUGCUCCUCUGGAGAACCCUGCAUCGGAACCUGCUGCUGAGGCUGCUGCUGAGGCCAAGUCUGAGCCCAUUGCGGCCGAGGAGUCGAAGCCGGAGGCUGCUGCUGCUGCUCCUGUAGCAACGCCUGUGGUUGCUGCUGCGGCAUAAGGGUGUUUUUGUUUCUUUUUUUCUGGACCAUCAUCAUCUCUAUCUUCUAUUGAACGACCUUUCAUGAGCAUUUUUUAUAACCUUGUGUUGUCUUGGCUUUCACUGUGAUCAUCUUUCAUCUCCUCUCCUCAUUCUAACCAUUAUUGCAGUCGUGGAUAUGUCAAGUCCAUUAGCCAUGUUUUGGUUAUCAGUUCUGACUACGAUACAUCAGGAUCUGGUUCUCACAUUUCUUUUUACGACACCAUUAUCACGACGAGCCUUAUCCGUUUCUUAUUAAUUCGAUUCUGAUUGAAUACCCAUCCUUCUUUUUAUCGGAUCGUGCUCCAUGUCAUUAGGCUUCCUGUAAUCGCUUCCGCUUCCAUAUUGAUUUUUUUGGCGCGAACAUGUCUCGUUAAGUUUCAAGUCGUGAACGGUAAUGACUCACGAGCCAUAUUUGUCAACGUG